AUGGACGACGAUGACGGCCGCGAAACGUUUGAAAUCAGCGAUAUGGAUAUGGAGUAUGCGAUGAAUCCGGGUGGCAGACGACGGUUUCAGAAUAAGGAUCAGGCGACUUAUGGUGUAUUUGCUCUGGACCAUGACAGCGACGAUGAUGAACAAAGCACAAGCCGUGGACCCGUGAACAAGCGUCAAAAAUACACAGCUCCAAUGAGUUUUGUCAGUGGAGGUGUUCAGACCAGCUCAAAAAUUGAUAAGACUGAUCCAGCAUCUUUGAAUAUGGGAACAUACUCUUCGAAACCCAAGAACGACGACGAAGAUGAAGUUAUCGAGUUGAAUUUCGACAGGCGAAACAAAAGAACAGCAAAAGAGCAGGGAGCUCAAGUGUUCGCAGGAAUGCGCUCUUCGAAUACAAAAGGGACAACAGAUGCUCAAUUUGGAGGUUGGAUGAAACACGGAAAGUCUGAUGUCAUUAUGAAGAUGAUGCAGUCGAUGGGUUACAAAGCUGGAGAAGGACUCGGAGCGAAAGGACAAGGUAUUGUUGAACCAGUGACAGCGGCGCUGAGAAAAGGAAGAGGAGCUGUUGGAGCUUAUGGAAAGGAAGCAACUGGUCCGAAGUUCGGAGAAUCUGCCGCUGAAGCACAGAAAAGAUUAGCGCAGGGUGGAGCCACGCGCACAGAAGGAGAUGAACAGGAGAAGACAGGAAUCAAGAUAAAAGGAGGAUGGAAAAAGUCACAAAAAGUCAAAACAACUUAUCGAACUAUCGAGGAUGUUUUGGAAGAUGGAAUGUCAGCAUCUCGACCAAGCUCUAACCAGCAAUCUCAACAAUAUUCAAAUAUCAAAGUUAUCGACAUGACUGGAAAACAACAGAAAGUCUAUUCGGGUUAUGAUUCGUUUUCUAUGAAAACACGAUCUGAAUAUGAUACUGUUGAUGAGGAAGAGAGAACUGUCUUUGAUGUUCCUGAAUUGUUACAUAAUCUGAACUUGCUUGUUGAUUUAACAGAAGAAGGAAUCAGAAGGAGUAACCAACAGUUAAUAGCUGUAAAAGAUCAAACGACAGCGCUUGAGUACGAUUUGGUGCAAAUUGAGAAUUCAUUAACUACAGAAGAGGAACAAGCAAAACAUAUGAAAGAUGUCUUCGAACUGAUUGAUGGUUUUUCUUCAAACCGAUCACCAACUAUGUCAGAAUGCCAAGCACUGUUCCGACGUCUUCGAUCAGAAUUUCCGCAUGAAUAUGAGUUGUAUUCACUGGAGACUGUGGCUAUUCCAAUUGUUCUUCCACUCAUUCAACGUCACUUUGCUGAUUGGAAGCCUCUCCAAGAUAAGAGCUAUGGAUGUGAUUUAAUUUCGGAGUGGAGAGAUAUUCUGGAUGAUAGCAAGAAUGGAAGAAAGACGACAUUUGGACAUAAUAAAACGAAAGGAGACGAUAUUAGAGCCUUCGACCGAAUUGUCUGGGACGGUAUUCUACCAUCAAUUCGUCGUGCUUGUCUUCAAUGGGAUCCACGCACAGAAAUGCAUGAAAUGAUCGAAGUGGUAGAGGAAUGGAUUCCACUUCUCUCAUCUUGGAUCACAGAAAACAUCUUGGAACAACUAAUAAUUCCUAAAAUUUCCGAAGCUGUAAAUCAAUGGGAUCCUAUGACAGAUGAAGUACCUAUCCAUCAAUGGGUUGUUCCGUGGCUUGUACUUCUUGGAGAUCGAAUUCAAACUGUUAUGCCCCCGAUUCGACAGAAAUUGUCCAAAGCUCUCAAAUUAUGGAAUCCAAUGGACAGGAGUGCGAUGGCAACGCUCCGUCCGUGGCAAAAUGUCUGGUCUGUUGGCACAUUUUCAUCGUUUGUCGCUCAGAACAUUGUGCCGAAACUCGGAGCUGCUUUGGAUACGAUGCAAUUGAAUCCAGGUAUAAAUCCAGAAUAUCCAGAGUGGACGGCAUGCAUGGAAUGGCUAGAAAUGGUACAUCCGGAUGCGAUUGCGAACAUUGUCACGAAGUAUUUCUUCCCAAGAUUCUACGCAGUUCUCUGUCAAUGGCUAGAUAGCCCUGGUGUUGAUUACAACGAAGUGAGGCGAUGGUACGCAUCAUGGAAAGAUCGGAUUCCACAAGCUCUUCUCAAUUAUCCGACUGUGACAGAGAAUCUUCGUCGGUCAAUGAUUGCAGUCGGAACAUCAAUGAAAGGAGAAAAAGUCAGUGGACUCGUCGCAGCCCCGAUUGCUCCGAUGGCUCCAGCUCCAUCAGCACCAAUGCCUCAAUUUGCACCGGUCACUCAACAACUUUCACUCAAAGAAAUCAUCGAGAUCACUGCUGGAAAGCACGGAUUCACUUAUCAUCCACAGAAAGAUCGAUACAAAGAUGGAAGACAAGUGUUCUGGUUUGGUGCACUAUCGAUAUUUAUGGACUCUGAAAUGGUGUAUGUCAUGGACCCGGUGGAAUUCAUUUGGAGACCUUCAGGACUCGGUGAACUCAUCCAAAUGGCUCAAGGAGCUCAAGGAUAG